CGUUCUGAACUCGAUGCACCGCUACCAGCCGCGCAUCCAUCUGGUGCGGCUCGGGCCGGGCCAAAACAUUUCCACCACGCCAAAGGAGCUGCAGGAAGUCGACCACAAGACGUACGUCUUUCCGGAGACGAUCUUCACCGCCGUGACGGCGUACCAGAACCAGCUCAUCACCAAGCUCAAGAUCGACUCGAACCCGUUCGCCAAAGGCUUCCGAGACUCGUCCCGGCUGACCGACUUCGAUAGGUGA